UUGAUUGUUGAAAUUUGCAUGUGGUGGAUCUAAUGUCUUCAUUUGACAAAUUAUCAGUGCAAGGUGUGAGGUCUUUCGGGCCCAAAGAGGUGGAUAGACAGCAAGUCAAGUUCGACUCCCCGCUCACCAUCAUUGUGGGAAGAAAUGGUUGCGGAAAGACCACGAUAAUCGAAAGUCUCCGUUACAUCACGUCAGGUGAGUUGCCUCCUGGAACAAAGGGUGCGCAAUUCAUACACGAUCCAAAGAUAGCACGGGAGACAGAGACCAAGGCUCAAGUGAGACUCAAGUUCAACGACGUAGCCGGAAAACCAGCGACAGUGACUCGCAACAUGCAGGUAGUGCAGAAACAGAAGAAAGCAGAGUUCAAAACUAUCGAAGGCGUGAUUAGCCGACUGGACAGUGCCACUGGUCAGAUCGAGAGCAGCAUGAGUAGCAAGUGUGCAGAUAUAGAUAAAGAAAUGACAGUUAGUUUGGGGGUGAGCAAAGCAGUGCUGAAUAAUGUCAUCUUCUGCCACCAGGAGGACUCCAACUGGCCCCUGGAUGAUGGGAAGAGUGUCAAGUCUAAGUUUGACGAAAUAUUCGCAGCAUCAAGGUACAUCAAGGCCAUAGAUGAGCUAAAGAAGGUGCGCAAAGUGAUCAGUGAGACAGCCAGGAGUGCAGAAUUGGAGGCGGGAUUCCUCCUGGCCAACAAAAACAAGUGGAAGGAGCUGCAGACACUCAAGCAGAACAGCGAACAGAAGAUGGUCGACAUCAGUUACAGAAAGGAAACUUUGGACGACCAAAGGCAAGUGAGUGAAGACCGAUUAGCAGCAAUAUCAGAACAACUCAAAGAAAUCAACAGAAUAGCGGCUAAACGAGACGCACUAUCGACCAAAAUAGACGAGAAGAAACAUGCGAUCCAACAAAUGAAGAAUAGUUUGCAAUCUUGUGGAGGAAUGUUUGAUGGGACGGACGACGAGUUGAACGACCUGAUCGAAAACCAUGACGUCAUUUCCGCGAAACGGAAGAAAACGGUGAACGAAUUAAGUAAUCAGUUGAACGACGAUAACAAGAAAAUUGAAAGACUUUCAGAGGAAAUUGACCGGAAAAAAUCAGAGUUGAACAACUUGAAAACGGAAUUGGCCCUACAUGAAAAAGAUUGUACUAACCGUGAUCAUCUUAUUUCGCAGCUAGCAAGAGAUUUUAAUUUAAGUGGGUUUGAGGUUCCAUUAGACCAAGAUGAUCGGUCAAGAUUUAAAGCGCUCAUGACCGAUAAAUUGAGAGAAUUAGGACGAAAAAAGGAAAAUGAGAAAAAUAGGUAUUCGAGGGAAGAAAAAGAAGCUCAGGAAAAAAUUGAUAAGUUUAUGCUUGAUCUUGCUCAAUGUGACGAGGCAAUAAAACGUGAAUCAGAUGACUUAAAUCAAGCUAAAAAUAUCAAAAUGCAAUCCGAAAAACAGUUAAAUGACAUUCAGAGAAGUGCCUCUAAAAUAUUAAACCUCAAAUCUCAAGUUGAGAAAUCAAAGAGAAAACAAGAGGAGCAUGAACAAAGUAUGGACAUAAAUGACAUGGAUAGGAAACGAGAAAAUUUCAAGUCAAAAGUUGAUGCGAACGAACAGAAAUUGAAACAUCUUAGCGACGAAUUGAAUGAAUCGUAUAAAAACUUGGCUUUAGUUGAAUCAAUAACAAAUCUGAAAGCUGCAAUUAAAUCAAAAGAAAAGUCAAAUGAUACCAUUAUCAGCAAAAGGGAAGACGAUCUCAUUACGAUUUUGGAUUGUUUGCCAGAAAAAGAGUUGAAAGCUAAAAUAACAAAAGCACUUGAAAUGAAAACUGCAGAAUUAGCUAAUGCUUCGAAGGUCUUCAACGAAAAGCACCUAAAACUACAGUCACUGAAGUUUCAGAAAACUGCAACAUCUGAGAAGUUGAACAAGAUAAACAGUGAAAAGAUGAAGAUUGAGGGCGAAAUUGAAGUUGGCGAAGAUUUUGAAAAGCAGAUGGAAAAGGUUAAUCAAGAAAUGAAAGAAAUCCAGGACAAAAUUGGCUACUUAAAAGGAAGUUCAGCUGUAUACUCACAUUACUGUGCCAAAUUGAAGGAAAAGUCUCCGAAGUGCCCUGUAUGUUUUCGAGGCUUUGAAGCAGGGUCAGGGGCGUCGGCAAGAGAAUCGGCCGAUCGGCUGCAGGAAUUGAAAAACCGAGUACCUAGUUCGCUGAAAACCGAGGAACAAAAACUGAAAACGAAGGAAACUCAACUGAAGAAGUUAUACGACAGCAAACAUUUGUACGCAAAGUAUGAAGAUAUUACUCAAGAAAUCCCUGAGUUAAGAAAACAAAUAGAAAUUGAUUCGCUCGAAAUUGCCUCGUUGGCACGAGAAGUUGAAGAUGAACAACAGAAAAAGGAUUUUGUUCAAAGUGACGUCACGAUGUUGCAAGACUCAAUUGCAGACGCUUCAGAAUGGGAUCGAAACCAAAGGGAUUUAGUUGAUUUAAAGGAAUCUUUGAAAAGUGAAGAAAUAAAACUAAAUUAUACUGGGAGUUUAAAAGGUACGAAAGAAAUAGAAGCUGAGAAAAAUAAGAUAGAAAAAUUUCUUAAAACAGUGAAAGAGGAUUUGGAAGAAGUAGUGUCAAAAAUCGAUUCGUUCACGAAGGCGAAAGCAAAGUUGCACGAAGAAACUUUGCGACUGGAACAAGAUUUGGUCGAAUUGAGUUCGACAAAUCAAAGAGCGGAUCAGAUUUCGGAGAAAGUGAAGGAGCUUGAACAGAAAUGUGUCCAAUUGGCAGAAAGUGUUCGGGCCAAUAGGGCUAAAGUUAGUCCGCUUAGGGAGAAAUUGGAAUCGGCUAAAGUAGAAAAGGCGAAUCUUGUAAGAGAAAAAGAGAGAGUUCUGAAUAAACUUACGGAUGAAGAUUCAAACUGCGCCGCCAAACUGAAACAGAUAUCUGAAAUUGCAAGCAAAAUCAACUCGUUUGACUUUGACCAGAAGAAGGCUACUUUUGAUGAUACAGAAAGCCAAGUUGGGGAGAAUGAAAUUCAACUGAAGAAAUCAAAGGUCAGGCUGAGUGAAGGUCAAAGUAAGGUGGAUCGAUUGAAGAGUGAGGUUGCGAACGAAGCUAUGCAAAGGAGAGCAUAUGAUGACAAUUUGAACCUCAGACUUGCCAUGCAGGAAAAGUCUAAACUGCACCAGGAGCUCACAGAUGUGGAUAAGUCGAUGGGGCGAACUGGAAAAACGGGAGGAUCCUUGCAACGAGAAUACGAACAGCUGCUGCAGGAGGGUGAGCGAGUGACUCGCGAGUUCCACCAGACAGACGGGCAACUGAGGGAACUGAAGAGCACCUUGGCCACUCUGGACAAACAGCUCAACGACAAGAUAUACAGUGAGGCCAGCCAUCAGUGGAUCCGCAAAGUGGCAGAGUGGAAGUCUAACAAACUGGCAUGUGCUGAUCUGGACAAGUUUGGAAAGGCGUUGGACAGUGCCCUGAUGCGGUUCCACAGUGUGAAGAUGGGGGAGAUCAACCAGGUAUUGAGUGAAUUGUGGAGAGAGGUGUACACCGGAAGAGACAUAGACUGCAUAGAGAUACGGACGGAGGAAGGCGAAAACAGCUCACACACACGCAAGACAUACAACUACAGAGUCGUCAUGCUCAAGAUUGAGAUUAAUUUCAAGCAGGAAAAUGCAUUACUGUCUCCAAUGGGAAAAUCCUAGCAACUUUCCAGAUUUUGCAGAAUACAUCAAGCGCGUUCCAAAUGAUCCGUUCUCGGCAAAUUGUAGCAUCUGUCGCGGAAAACCAUUUCAGUUGAGCAAUAUUGGCAAACGAGCUUUGAAAAGUCACGCAGAGGGCGAAAAGCACCAAGACGCACUGAGGCUACGACGUACAGUGGGACCAUUAUUCACCCCGGCUGUACCGGAAGGCGAACCUUCGACUGAGAUUCCUCAUCAGCCUGCCGAAAAGGAGGCAGAGGUUGGAAAUAUUGUCUUGCAGGAGGUAUCCGAAGCACCACAGACCAGUUUUGUUAUUUUGUUUCCUUACUUUGCUUCUCAAGUUUAUGGGGCUGUUAAGUUUUCAAAGCUUGCUCUAUGCUUUGAUGAGGCAUUCAAUUCAGUUAUUAAUAAAGGGCGACUGGACGUGCAUUGUAUUUACUGUAUUGUGUUGCUGUGUCUAGAGCUGAAAGACUGUUUCAGAUGCUCUUCGAGGACGGACACAUCUCUUUGGAUGUUGCUGGUAAGUCAUAGAAAAAAUUCUUGACAAAGAGUUCGUAAAAGCUGCUAAAGAUUUCUCGAUAUCAGACAGGUUUGAUGGGUUCUUUAAGCAACAUGUCAAAAAUGGCUCUGACAUUCAUAAACCUCUAAAAUUAAUCUUGAUAUUGUUUCAUGGUAAUGGGCGCGUCGAAGAAGGUUUUUCGAUAAAUGAGAGCAUCUUUCUCAAUAGCAUGAAGGAGCGCACAGUCAUAGAUCAGAGAUUUGUACACGAUUGGAUCCUUCAUUCUGGUAAGCGGUUGUCCCGUGGUUUGGUGGACAAACGUAUGAUGGAUGCAAUAAAAGGUUGUCGGCAACGCUACGAAAAAGCCUAGGAAACUGACCAAAAGAAUCAUACACAGAAAGAAGAAAAAGAAACGCCAAACAAUCGACCAACUAGUGAAACAGGACAGAGAAGUGCUGAAUUUGGAAAUUGACCAUAAAAAGCAGAAAAUAAUAAAUCUGUGAAGCGAAUUGAUUGUUUUCCAUGGAAAUGUUUUUUGAAUUUAGAGGCACAUCGUUGUGCAAAAGUCAGAGAAUUUGUUCGGCGAAUGUCAGGGAAUGUUAAAUUGAAAAUACUG